AUUAACCGUCAUGUCAUUAUAAUUUUAUAUAUUUUUUAAAUAACGUCAAAAUUUUAAGUAAAAAAUCUUUAAUCUUUAAAAUAAUUUCAUUUUAAUAAUGGCACAGGACAACCUAACAGCAAUUUUAGUAAGAAAAAAUGAAAUUACCCUUGAACAAAGACCAAUUCCUGUACCAGGACCAGGCCAAGUUCUUCUUCAAAUGGAAGUUGUCGGAAUAUGUGGAUCAGAUGUUCAUUAUUGGCUCGACGCAAGGUGUGGACCUUUUAUCCUGGAGGCACCCAUGGUUAUGGGCCAUGAAGCAUCUGGAACUGUGGUCAAAUGUGGCCCAGAUGUAAAAAGCUUAGAACCUGGUGAUAGAGUUGCCAUUGAACCAGGAGUACCGUGUCGAAAGUGUGAAUUUUGUAAAACAGGAAGAUAUCACAUUUGUCCAGAUAUAAAAUUCUGCGCCACGCCACCAAUUGAUGGAAACUUAGCACGUUUUUACGUAACAGACGAAGACUUUUGUUUUAAACUUCCAUGUAAUAUGAGCCUUGAAGAAGGCACUUUAAUGGAGCCGUUAGCUGUAGGCGUACACGCCUGUAAGCUGGGACGUGUUACCGUAGGUAGUGUAUGCUUUAUUCAGGGAUCUGGACCAAUUGGAUUGUGUUGCGUGGCAGCCACUAGGGCAUAUGGUGCACGAAAAAUACUUAUUACCGAUGUCAUGGAUUACCGAUUGGAACUAGCCAAGAAAAUGGGUGCUACUUAUACGUUAAAUACGUCUGGAAUGGAAGAAAUGCAAAUUGUGAAUAAAGUUCGCGAAAUAUUAAAGGAAGAACCGCAUGUGUCUAUAGAAUGUGCUGGUUCCGAAAUGUGUGCCCGUUUAUCUAUGCAUCUUACUAGAGCUGGUGGAGUAUCUAUUUUACUAGGUAUGGGUGGUCUUGAAAUGACCUUGCCAUUUGGAGCAGCUUUGGUAAAAGAAAUAUGUACGAUCGGUUCAUUUAGAUAUAACAACGACUAUCCGGAAGCAAUAGAGAUGGUAAGAUCCGGAAGAGCUCAUGUGAGAGAUCUUGUUACUCAUCAUUUUACCUUAGAAGAAACAAAAGAAGCCUUCGAAACUCACAGAGAUAGAGUCGGAAAUCCCAUCAAAAUAAUGAUUCAUUGUAAUCCAAAUUGGAAGCGUGAUCAAAAGUAAAAUUAAAACUAUAUUAUUGUAAAAGAAAUUUUUAAAUGGUGCCAAC